GGUCUUUAUCCUAAGGUAAGUGCUGACAUCUAUGGAACGUGGUACGCAUGCGCAAUAAUCUUUCUUUCCGACCAUUGCGAUUGAGCACACGUUGUCAAAAUGGCAGAUGAAGAAUUUCAAAGUGGUGAAUCUGGGGCAUCCCAGACCUACCCACAGCAAUGUUCUGCUCUUCGCAAAAAUGGUUUUGUUGUGAUAAAAGAUAAACCAUGUAAGAUUGUGGAAAUGUCAACAUCAAAGACUGGCAAACAUGGACAUGCUAAGGUGCAUUUAGUAGGAAUUGAUAUAUUUACUGGCAAGAAAUACGAAGAUAUAUGUCCAUCUACACAUAACAUGAAUGUACCAAAUGUGAACCGCAAGGAAUACCAGGUGAUUGACGUUACUGAUGAUGGUUUUGUUAGUCUGAUGCUUGAUUCUGGAGACACACGUGAUGACCUUAAGGUUCCUGACAGCGAUGUUGGCAAAGAACUAAAAGAAAAAUUUUCCAACGAUAGUAACCUCCUAGCAACAGUCCUGUCAGCCAUGGGUGAAGAAGUUAUUGUAUCUGUUAAAACCAAUGAGAAGUAAUUACUAGCUUAACGUCUUCAUAUAUUGGACAAUGACUAGAAUAAGAAAUUACCCAAUUGUCUUCUUGGAAAGUAUAGGAUACUGGAUUGAUAAUCAAUCACAUUUCAACUGAUUUGGAUUUAUGGCUGGUUAAUAUUAUAUUACAAAGUGCUAUUUUUGAUUUAUUUUUUUCAUUGGAGUCCUAAGAGUCAUUAAUUGUUUUAAAAAAAAUGUUUAUUUGUUACCAACAAACGAGCAAUAGUGCUAACUUCAUGAUGGCCGGGGAGAAUACAGAUAGAAUGACGGCUGCGAACUUGUGAUACACAUACGAGUAAAUGACAAUAUUUUAUUUUUUACGAUAGCCUGUUCUAACUGUGAAAAGUAUAUACAAUUAUUAGGGGGAAUAAGAAAGAACAAACUACAGCUCUCUACUGUAUUAAGCAAAAAGUUUUUAAAAUUUGAAUAUAAAACUAUUAAAAAAGAAUACUAAAUAAAUAUUCCUCUGGUUUGUUUGGACUCUUAUUGUAGCUAGUGUGAGUACUUGAAAAUUUAACAAAGACGUACAACAUGAUUAAUGCAAACUAUUUUCUUGUAUUACUCUCCUACUUUUCAGUUAAGUAUACUCCAAAAUAUGUUUUAUUUAAAUCUUAAAAUUGGAUGUUGUAAAUUAUAUAACGAUUUUUUUUGCCAUUUAUGCAUUUCAAUUUACAAAUACUCUUGAAGUCUGUUGUUUUUAUCUAUUUUUCAGUUAUUUAUUGAUAAAAAGGUCUUGAAAAGUUGACUUAUUAACUAAUUGAUGAAAUUAUAUAUUGAUUUUACGUUUAAUGCCUUUACAAAUGAUUCUAACAUCUAGUGAAUAAACAUUACAUGAAAGCAUGUGUAUCUAUAUAUAAUUGAAGAAUUUGAUUAAUAUUACUGAAAUAUUUAUAAGGCAUAAGGUUGUAGUAAAUAUGCCUUUUAAAUAAGUUUGAUGAAUUUAGAAAGAAUUUUAACCAAGUUCAACCCAUCCUAAAUUUCUGAAAUAAACUUAUCCAGUGUCCAUUUUGGGUAUACUGAAUUUAUGAGAAUAUGAAGGUAGCACACAGUAUAGAGGUAGGUCAGGAUGCACCAAGUGUGUAAGCUGGCCUAACUACAAACUAGUUUUCUUUUCUGUUUUGUCUUCUGUUACUGUAAACACUAUAACAUUAUCUCUUCUGAGUGAUCUUAAGUUUGAUUUUGAGAAUGGAAGGACUUGUUUGUAAGAAGAACACAAGACUUGUUGCAAUUGGUUCUUGUAUUUUCUUAAUUCCAGGGAUAUAUGCAAGCUUUGUUAAUGUGCUCAUGAAGUGUUAAAUCAUUAGCUAUUUACAAAAUUGAGCCGCGCCAUGACAAAACCAACGUAAUGCAUUUGCGACCAGCAUAGAUCCAGACCAGGCUGUCAGAUCAGGAUCCAUGCUGUUCACUUACAAAGCCUAUAACAAGUAGAGAAACUGAUAGCAAACAGUAUGGAUCCUGAUCUUGGUCCAUGCUAGUCGCAAACCCAUUAUGUUGGUUUUGUCAUGGUGCAUCUCAAAUGUUCAUAAAGUAAUCUUAAUUAAGCCAUUGAUUGCUUUUGAUUUACACAUGAAUGUUGUGUUGAUUUAAGGUGUAUAAACUGUCAUAAUGACUUGUAUGUACUGCAGGGGUUCUUUUCCUAUAUAUGACAAAAGCAUCUCCAAAUAAGAAAUAUAAAAUCGCUUAAUCCUGCAUUGUUUUCCGAGAAUUACAAAGCAUUCCGUACUUUCCCUCGGCUGAAACUUUAGCUGCUUGUCCUAGGCUAAUAUGGAAGGGACUUGUUGGUGCUCUUUUAAUCUUGUAAGGAAGAGAAAUCCUGCAAUGCACAAUUAAUAUAAGAGACCAAAAAAACUGCUUUUAAGAAUUGAAACAUUAAACUGUGUACAUUAAAUUUGAGAAAAAAAUAUGUAGGCAUGCAUUUAAUGAUUUUUGAUGUGAUUUAACGAAAUUUGUAUUUCACUGAUUAUGAUCAAAGGAAAUAGUUUUAAUUGAUUUUAAAAAGAUAUCUAAUAAUUAUGCAGUAAAGAAAAUGAAUAAGCUGAUUGAAAAAAGUACAUUUUUGUAAUUACAAUUGAGUUGCCUUA